AAAUUCUUGUAGUGAUAAUGCUCAAUGAAAUUACUCUCUCUGUCCUUUUAUCGUUCCGGCGUGAUAAGCUCAGGUCAUGGUGAUGUAUUUGUUUUCCCCAAUGAAGCUGAGCUGUUUCCUGUAGCCAGGUGCGUGCUAUUUCUGCUGCUGCUGCUGCUGACCGUGUAUUUCUGACCUGGAAGUGUGGUUUCUUUGACUCAGAACCACAUCAGUGUGCCUUCCCCACUCCUCUUCCUGUGUGUUCUUCCCUUCUGGAGGGCUCAGUUUGUCAUCAUUGACUGCAGCCCUGACCCCUGUGGGACAGGAACUGGUGAUGCUGUCAUGACAAUACUUUCCCCAAUAGAAAAUGCUCAGGGCCCAGCCUCAACUUGGUUUUUCUCCUUUCCUGAAGCACUUUUCCUUCAACCCCUCUCAGUAACCCCUGUAGGUUAAGAUGGGCAAAUUGCGACUUGAAGAUGUUAAAUGCCUUGCCGGAAGGCAGUAGGCAGGGUGGCAGUGAUUCUGGGGUUUCCCUGCUUAGCAGUUGUUACAGGAAAUGAACAGGGCUUCUGAUGAUGAAGUAAGGAAUUUCCCAGCCGUGUCCCAUUUGUUAAAAUCCAACUUGUUCUUGGUGUGGUCACUUGCACGACCUGAGUUAAAAGCCCAUUUUCCAUGGAGCUUAAAUGGAUGUGUCCCAAGUGAGGGAAAUAAAUAUUUAGGUCCGUCUCUGUUCUGCUGCUGAUGCGAUGAAGUUGAGGAAGGCUGGCUUCUGAAGUAGUGGAACGUGGACAGGAAGUGAUUAAGCCAUUAAUUAUUUUUUAAUGCUCUUCCUUUCAGGGAGAUGGAAGGCUUGAUGUCUAGCGCUGCUCUGCCAACCCUAUUUGCAGAUGAAGAUGGCUCCAAGGAAAGUCAUGAUCUGGCUACAACUGGGCUCACGCACCCCGAGGUGCCCUACGGCAGCGGAGCCACGUCAUCCGGAAGCAAUCCAGAGUUUGUAGAGGAUCUCGCCCAGAGCCAGCUCCUUCCAAGCGAGUCUUCAAACGCUGCAGAAGGCAGCGAGCAGAGGCAGGAAGACGAGCAACGAAGUAAACGAGGAGGUUGGUCCAAAGGGAGAAAGAGGAAGAAACCUCUACGAGACAGCAAUGCGCCCAAGUCCCCACUUACGGGAUACGUUCGCUUCAUGAACGAGCGUCGAGAACAGCUUCGUGCAAAAAGACCCGAGGUCCCGUUUCCAGAAAUCACCAGGAUGUUGGGCAAUGAGUGGAGUAAACUGCCUCCUGAAGAGAAGCAGCGCUACCUUGACGAAGCAGACAGAGACAAGGAGCGGUACAUGAAGGAGCUGGAGCAGUACCAGAAGACCGAGGCCUACAAGGUCUUCAGUAGGAAAACGCAGGACCGUCAGAAAGGCAAAUCUCACAGGCAAGAUGCAGCCCGACAGGCCGCUCAUGAUCAUGAGAAGGACACAGAAGUAAAGGAGCGAUCCGUCUUUGACAUCCCUAUAUUUACUGAGGAAUUCCUGAACCACAGCAAAGCUCGCGAGGCGGAGCUCCGCCAGCUCCGCAAGUCCAACAUGGAGUUUGAGGAGAGGAACGCGGCCCUGCAGAAGCACGUGGAGAGCAUGCGCACGGCCGUGGAGAAGCUGGAGGGCGACGUGGUCCAGGAGCGGGGCCGCAACGCCGUCCUGCAGCAGCACCUGGAGACCCUGCGCCAGGCGCUGGCCAGCAGCUUCGCCAGCACGCCCCUGCCCGGAAGUGGAGAGACCCCCACCCUGGACACCAUCGACUCGUACAUGAACAGACUGCACAGCAUUAUUUUAGCAAAUCCCCAAGACAAUGAAAACUUGAUCGCCACCGUCCGCGAGGUGGUGAGCAGGCUGGACCGCUAGGGCCGGCCCGAGGGGUCCCUCCGAGAGGCUCCGCGUGUGUGCGGCGUGCAGUGAGGAGCCGUCUGUGGACCUGCGGAUGGAGAGCCGCGGAGGAGGAGGACUGAGCACCGCGGGGGGGGGGGGGGGGCGCCCUCCCCGCCGAGGCCGCCCCGCCCUCCAGGGCGGCACCCCAGCGUUUCCUGUUGGUUUGUUUGCCUUGUACUUAGCCGUCACUUGCUCGAUGCUUGGGGUGGAUUGUUUUUUUUCUCUGCUUCACCCAUACCCGGUUGCGCCUCUCCAUUUUCCGACCCCUGGGCUUGGGCCCGGCAGGGACCCGAGCCUCUCACUGGAUGGGCCCAGUCCUCUCCCUCCGCCAUCGCCAUCAUCGCCUGCUGCCCGGGAGGAAAGGAGCUCCUCGCGGACC